GAAGAUGAUAUGAUCCAAACACAAACCACUAUAACCGACAUCUCAUCCACCCAUUGUUUCAACUUUCAACAUAACAACUCUCUCUCAUGGCAUUGGACCCAGAUAUUGAAGAAAAGUAUGUUCACAACAGCAAGGUCAUGCUAGGAUCUGCAAUUCUUCUCGUUAUACUCAUCCUCGUAAUCAUCCUAUAUCGUUCUUAUGCUCACUUCUGCGCACGCCGCCGCCGCCAUCUCUUCCCUCACACUCUUCCAGCUUCUUCCACUUCCGCCACCGCCCCUGUUUUCAACGACCGACUGGAUCCAACCAUUCUCAAGUCCCUACCGACCUUUACUUUCUCCUCCGCCGUGCACCGCCCCCUGCAAGACUGCGCCGUCUGCCUUUCGGAGUUCGAAGACGGAGACAAGGGCCGUGUGCUGCCGAAUUGCAGCCACGCGUUCCACUGCCAAUGCAUCGACGCGUGGUUCGCAUCUCACUCCAACUGCCCUCUCUGCCGGUCACCGGUUAAACGGGUUACCACACCGGUUGAAGCGUGCUCGAUUCCGGUUUCAGUUGAAUUAGCGGUUGAAGUGGAAGCUGGUGGUUGCUCGUCGCUUCCUCCGCCGGUGAUGUGCCCUAGGAAGCCGUUGAAUGUGGUGGUGGAGAUUCCGGAAGAGGAGAGAGGGUUGGAUCAUCGGAUUCUUUCGCUGAAGAAGUUUUGCAGCGUGUAGGUGAGUACACCACACUUUCGGUGUGGACUACGGACUACUGUGAGGAUGUUUGCAACUUGCAAUGCAAUUUCACCAAGAUUCAUGAUGACAUGGCAGUCGAUACGGAAACAAAUUAAUUGUUUUCGUUUUGAUUUAAAGUACGGAUGUUUUUACUGUAGAAUGUUGAGUCUGAUCUGAAUCAUGUGGUGCCUCAACCAUUUAGCGUUCGUGGUUGCUACUUGCGUUAGUUGGACACGUCUCUCUUAACAGCGUUCAAUCUAGUUGUAUAGAAUUUCAGGACUCUUGCCACCUAAGGAAGGUGCUUCAUCAUUUAAAUAUACAUAUUUCUUCAUAAAAGUCUACUUUUUCUGCUA